AAGGCGACCGCGCGCCUGCGCGUUGCAGCCGCUGGGCCGCGCGCGGGGCCGGAAGUGGGGCGAGCGGCGGCGGCCGCCGCCAUGAGCUUCCUCAUCGACUCCAGCAUUAUGGUCACCUCCCAGGUGCUGUUCUUUGGAUUUGGGUGGCUAUUCUUCAUGCGUAAGCUCUUCAAGGAUUAUGAGGUGCGACAGUAUGUGGUCCAGGUGAUCUUCUCUGUGACUUUUGCAUUCUCUUGUACCAUGUUUGAACUCAUCAUCUUUGAGAUUUUGGGAGUGCUGAACAGCAGCUCUCGGUAUUUUCACUGGAAGCUGAACCUGUGUGUCAUUUUGCUCAUCCUAGUCUUUAUGGUACCCUUCUACAUUGGUUACUUUGUUGUGAGCAAUAUCAGAUUAUUGCACAGACAGAAACUGCUUUUUGCGUGUGUUCUCUGGUUGACAUUCAUGUAUUUCUUCUGGAAGUUGGGGGAUCCAUUUCCUAUCCUCAGCCCAAAACAUGGAAUCCUGUCUAUAGAACAGCUCAUCAGCCGCGUGGGUGUGAUUGGGGUGACACUCAUGGCUUUGCUGUCAGGAUUUGGGGCUGUCAACUGUCCAUACACUUACAUGUCCUACUUUCUAAGGAAUGUGACAGAUGCAGAUAUUCUGGCUUUGGAGCGACGACUCCUUCAGACUAUGGACAUGAUUGUUAGCAAGAAAAAAAGGAUAGCAGUGGCUCAUCGGACAAUGUUCCAGAGAGGAGAAGUGCAUAACAAACCCACGGGCUUCUGGGGAAUGAUAAAAAGUGUUACAACAUCUGUUGCAGGGAGUGAAAACCUGUCCCUUAUCCAGCAAGAAGUGGAUGCCCUAGAAGAGCUGAGUCGGCAGCUUUUUCUGGAAACUGCUGACUUGCAUGCAACAAAGGAGAGAAUAGAGUACUCAAAAACUUUCCAGGGAAAAUACUUUAAUUUUUUGGGUUAUUUUUUCUCCAUCUAUUGUGUCUGGAAAAUCUUCAUGGCAACCAUCAAUAUUGUAUUUGACCGUGUGGGGAAGACUGAUCCAGUCACAAGAGGAAUUGAGAUCACUGUAAAUUAUCUGGGAAUCCAGUUUGAUGUGAAAUUCUGGUCUCAGCACAUUUCCUUUAUUCUUGUUGGAAUAAUCAUUGUUACCUCUAUCAGAGGAUUGUUAAUCACACUUACAAAGUUCUUCUAUGCCAUUUCCAGCAGCAAGUCCUCCAAUGUUAUUGUUCUGCUUUUAGCACAGAUAAUGGGUAUGUACUUUGUGUCAUCAGUGCUCCUGAUCCGUAUGAGUAUGCCUCUAGAGUACCGCACUAUUAUUACAGAAGUCCUGGGAGAGCUCCAGUUCAACUUCUAUCAUCGUUGGUUUGAUGUGAUAUUCCUAGUUAGUGCACUGUCCAGUAUCCUUUUUCUCUAUUUAGCACACAAACAAGCCCCAGAAAAGCAUAUGGCCCUGUAAGGACGGACUACAGUCACACACUGCUCUCUGUCCUUUCAACUGCACUGCUGCAACUCCUGUGGACUGCAAAACUCGAAGACAGCCAGGACUAUUCUGUGUGUUCCAGCAGUGUAACUGGCUCUUUGAACUUCCACACAUGUCAUCAUCAAGCUCUGUGGCUCAUUUUGUUAAAGUGCCACAGCUUGAAGGAAAGGGGAUGCACGUAUUGAAUGUGAGAUAGUUCAUUGCCAAGUUAUAAGGUCACUCCUUGGCACACCAAUACGUAGGGGCAUUGGAACUUGCGUAGUAGGCUGUCUGAGGUAAGACGUCUUACUUUUAGAAGAGAAGGCACCAAGAAAAUGUGAUUUGUCUGUUGAAAAUCAACUCAUAAUUGGGAUUCAGAGGAUGGCAAUUCUGGAGUUGAACGUUUGAGUCUGUGGAAUUAAAUAAGCUUUUGUAAUAUUC